GCCAGCUCGACCCACUUUGCUUGCUUCUCUAGGACCUGCUUCGGCUUGAGCUUAAGAUUCGGCUACUUCUCAAUUACAUCGACCCUUGCUUUGGAAUCGAAUCAACAGUCCUUCCCCGAUGGUAUCGUAUAUAAGAUCACGGCUGCAUUUAGGUUCGAUGCAAUUGACCUCUUCAACAAGCCGGUGGUGAUCUCACUUUCGAAAGAGAGUCUCGACGGUGACCGACCUACCGGACUGGAGUCGGCCGAGAAUGUUAUGUCAAAAGAACCAACGACGAUAAAGGAGGAGAAGAAGGAGGAGUAG